AUGGCUCGCACAAAACGUUCCAUCGAAGAGCUCGCCAACAAAUCUGACUCAGAUGAUGGUGACUACAGCGACCAUCCCGUGCGUUCCAGCCGGCGCUCGGCCUCGAAACCAAAGUCGAGAAAGAAGCCCAAACACAUCAAGAAGAGAGCACGCCGUGACUCUGACGACGAUAUGGCCUCAGACGAUGAUGAACUCCUCAGCGAUGCUGAUGAGCUUUCCUUCCAAGGUUCCGACGAGGAAGACGACACAAAUGCCCAGAGAAAUGCGAGAGGCCUGGUUGCCCGAAGGGCCGCUACUAAUCGACCCAUUUACAACGAGGGCGAGUCUAGUAGCGCUGGAGAUGAACCCGGGGAUGAUGAAGAUGAGGAGCCUCUCUCGCCCCCCAAAAAGCGAAAGAGCACAGUCGUCACUUUGAAACUAGGUGACGCUCUGAAGCGCCAGCCUCUAUCAGAUCACCUACAGGGCACACGACGAACGACUCGACGUACGCGUGAUCCAUCAGAAGAUAUCUAUGCAUUGACGAACUCAGGUCGUCACGUUCAGACAGUGGAGCGAGGCACGCAUAGUCCCGAGGUUGAGGCCCGUCGCGCACGUCGUGGAUCUCGUGCCUCCAAGCGUGCUCCCGGUGCUGAAGAAGACGAAGCGGCGCCGAAGCUAGAGGAACUCGAGGUUAUUGAAGAAACACUGACUGAAAUUAAAGCUUCACAAUUAGAGAUUCUGGAGAGCGAUGCCCAAGGCGAUUUUGAAGAAGGCGUUCCAGCUGCUGCAGGGGGAGCCGACGAUCCAGGUUUUAUCCCGGAAUCUGAGAAUGGAGACGCGAAGGCUGGUGAUGAUGAUGAUGAAGACGACGACGACGACGACGACGACGACGACGGCCCAAUUGCCCGGAGAAGAAGCAGACCGAACCGAAACCCCGACGCCGAGGAGGAGGCUGAACAACCAGAGGAAGAGCGUGAUUCACACCUACGUCGUUCUAGUCGCAAAAAACCCAAGUCUUCACAACGAAAAUCCCAAGAUGAUGGGGAGAGCGAUUUUGAACCCGAGGAAGAGGACUCCAAUGAUGAUGAUGAUGAUGGCCUUUCGCAGUCCAGAGGAUCCCAAGCCUCUCCGCGCAAAGCGAGCCAACCUCAUGAUGAAGAUGACGAGAGUUCAGCUGGCCGACGCCCUGGACUCCGGAAGAGGGCAUCUCGAUCUCGUGGACAGUCCGAGCUUGGCGCCGACAUUGCUGAGGAGCUCGCUGAAGAGCUUGAAGAUCUUCGCGGUGGUCGCCCUCGCCGACGAGUGCAUCAGGAAAUUGUUUACGAGAAACCGCGACGGAGCCGCAAAGACGUUGACUACCGCAUUAUUCGCCCUGAUUUGAUUUUGCCUAUCGAGGAAGCUGAGAAUGAAGUCAACGAGUCCCCCUCCCGUCGGGGCCGCGGCGGAGGUGGUGGUAGCUGGCAACGCACCCUGUUUCCAACCUACGGGCCUUUUGGAGGCGGCGGGCCGUCUGCCAUUCUAGGUGGCCCCGGAGCACCUGCGGCAACUGGAGGCGUCGACAGUGACAGCAGCGAUGACGAGGUUAUGCAACAUCCAAAAGGGUCAGGGCCUGGGGGUCCUGCUCUUGGUCCUCCUGCCCUUGUUGCCACUCAAACACAUGCAGAUCCAGCACAGGGUCCUGCCGGAACACCGGCAAACCUUGGAAAGAUCAAAGAUAAGCAGGCACUUGCCGAUGCGGAUCCGCUAGGUGUCGAUAUGGGUGUCAACUUUGACAGCGUAGGAGGCUUGCAGGGUCACAUUGACCAGUUGAAGGAGAUGGUCUCGUUGCCGCUGCUGUACCCGGAGAUCUUCCAGCGGUUCCACAUUGUUCCUCCUAGAGGUGUGCUUUUCCAUGGACCCCCUGGAACCGGUAAGACACUCCUAGCUAGGGCUCUAGCAAAUAGUGUCAGCUCCGAAGGCCGUAAGGUUACCUUUUACAUGAGAAAGGGAGCAGACGCCCUCAGCAAAUGGGUGGGAGAAGCCGAGCGCCAACUUCGUCUAUUGUUUGAGGAAGCUCGCAAAACCCAACCGAGUAUCAUCUUUUUUGAUGAAAUCGAUGGUUUGGCGCCCGUGCGAUCCAGCAAACAGGAGCAAAUCCAUGCCUCCAUUGUUUCGACUUUACUGGCGUUGAUGGACGGCAUGGACGGUCGUGGCCAGGUCAUUGUCAUUGGUGCGACCAAUCGUCCAGACUCCAUUGACCCGGCGCUCCGUCGUCCCGGCCGCUUUGAUCGCGAGUUUUACUUUCCUCUACCAAACACUGAAGGUCGUCGUGCUAUCCUAGAUAUCCACACCAAGGGCUGGGACCCACCCCUGCCGGACCCCAUCAAGGAUGAGCUUGCAGAGAUCACGAAGGGUUACGGCGGAGCAGAUCUCCGCGCUCUUUGCACCGAAGCUGCCCUGAACGCAGUCCAGCGAAGGUAUCCUCAGAUCUACAAGUCUGAGCAGAAAUUACUCAUCGACCCCCAGACGAUUGAAGUCACCCCGAAGGACUUUAUGUUGGCGAUUAAGAAAAUGGUUCCCUCGUCGGAGAGGUCUACUUCUUCUGGCGCUUCACCUUUACCUAAACCCAUCGAGCCCCUCCUUCGCCAACCUCUGGCUGAUCUGAGGAGCAUAUUGUCUGAAGUUCUUCCUCAGCGCAAGCGUCUUACCGCCCUGGAAGAGGCUCAAUUCGAAGAACCGGAAGGAUCGGGAGGUUUCCAACGGGAGCAAAUGCAGCAGGAAUUCGAGAGAUCUCGAGUCUUCCGACCUAGGCUACUGUUACGGGGGUCUAUGGGCAUGGGCCAACAGUACUUGGCCGGCGCCCUGUUGCAUCACUUUGAAGGACUCCAUGUACAAUCAUUUGAUCUCCCCACUCUCCUAAGCGAUUCAACCCGAUCCCCUGAAGCCGCGGUCAUCCAGCUGUUUGCAGAGGUCAAACGACACAAACCAAGCGUUAUUUACAUUCCAGCCCUACAGAACUGGUCCGAUACCGUCGGCCCCGCCGUUAUAUCUACCUUCUUAGGACUUUUACGCUCCGUCCCCCCCACCGACCCUGUUCUGUUGCUCGGAAUUCAGGAGUCUGGCAUUGAAUAUCUCGAUUCUGGUCUCGUAAGAAAUCUCUUCGGGUACUCGAAAAAGAACAUAUUCGACCUUAGAGCGCCUGGCAGCGAGUCCCGGCAUGAGUAUUUCAGCAAAGUGAUCGAGUAUAUCAAAACCUCUCCCGCCCACUUCCCUGAUCCGGAGAAUCGGAAGAAAAGGCAGUUGGAGGAGUUGGAGAUUGCGCCGCCCCCUCCACCGAAAGAGGCAACUCCUCUCACGAAGGAGCAGCUCAAGGCUCAGAAGAAAAAAGAUUAUCAAACUUUAAAUCUUUUAAAGAUUCGUAUUCAACCCAUCAUGGACCAGAUUAAGAAAUAUAAGCGGUUCAGGACGGGUGUGAUUGACGAGUCUCAGAUCAGAUAUUUGUGGGAGGAGGAGAACCCGAACAUUGUCACCAGUGACCUGCCAAUUGAGCAGCGAACCUCCUUCCGGCCGUUUGAAAAAGCGUUUGAUAAGCAAGGUGUUAUGGGCCUCCGAGAGACCGUAUCGGGCAAAUUCUUCUAUAACCUGGAGAUCGUUACGAUUGAAAAACGUCUUUCGAAUGGAUAUUACAAGCGGCCUAAGGACUUCCUGGCGGAUAUCAAGCGACUCGCCAGGGACGCCCGCCAGCUAGGUGAUCAAGAACGUUUGCUCAGGGCGAAUGAACUUCUUUCCAAUGUCGAAGUGGAUAUUGCUACGAUUGAGCAGGCUGAGCCCGCAUUGGUCACUGAAUGCGAGAAUGUGUAUGUCCGCGAGCUAGAGCGGGAAAAGAUUGCUUUAGAGAAGGCUAGGAAGGCUGAGGAAGAGGAAGAAGGCUUCAUGGGUCGUCCGGCGGCCGCCAACAGAGUUCCCCAUGGUAACACCGAGUCGAAUCCUUCUACUGGGCCCGUCGUUCUCGGCGCCUCGUUCCCCAACAGUGGACCCGAAGGCCUCGAUCGACCGGUGACACCCACUCGGCCGUCGACAACAGGGAGCUUCAUGGCGAAUGGAUAUCACCGGGGUGGCGGGUCUGAUCUCAACGAGCUGAACGCGAGUAACGGCUCCCACGAGUCCCAUCCUGACGGAGAUGGAGAUGUCUACAUGACAAACUCUGAUCAAUCGGUUGGAAGGGACACACAAGCCAGUUCUUUUGGGCCAUCCGCCCAGCCGAAACCAGCCUACUCGCUGACUGCUCCUUCUCAACAAGUGAGACGGGAGUCGGGUCUAUCCAGUUUCUCCCAAAAAGGGCCGAUGACCCCUCUGGCUCCUGGAUCUCAACCUGGAGACUACACUAAUGAAGCCUCCACUACGCAAACGACCUCGGACAAAAAGUCCUCUGACCAUUCUUCCGUCCCGCAACCUCUCACACAGAGUCCUAUCAUGGCACACAGGAUGCGACACGACUACCCAGAUCUUACCCAGUACCCCGACCGUGUCUCACAGGAGGAGGAGCAUCUUCCCGAUACCCAACAGGGCGAUAGCAGCCAGCCAUCUCCUCGCGCGCGGGAUUCGCUGCCAGCGCAUGUCGAUGGGCCUCAUGCUAGUCAAUCACAGCUAAGGUCACAACCUCCCGUGCCUCUCUUCGACGCUUCCUCCAAGCAACCUACUAUGGGCUCAGCCGGCCUCCAAUCCCUCCUCAAUAAUGAAGACAUCUCCCCUAAGCUGAUUAUUGAUCUGGACUAUGUGCAAAAUCUGCAUGACCAGAUGACUCAGCGGACUAGCGGAUGCUCUGUAGAGCAGCUGGAGCAAAUCACUACUAUGCUGAUGGAUUAUCUUUGGCAAAUGCGCAGUGAAUGGAACCGCAGCAAAGUAGCUGCUGGAAUUCGCGAUGCCUUCAACGAAGUCCUCGAAGACAUGCAAGCCGUGCAAGAGAUUGGACCUAUCAGCCAGAGGACGAAAGAGCAACUGGUCCCGCUGUACUAG